AUGCUUAUACUUAGGCAGAAGCAUUUCUCUCUCCUCUUCCUGCCGCGAUGCGUAAGCAGGCUGCGAUCCAGUUUCCACCAAUGGCAACAGCUCGCGACGGCUGAUACCACCGGGCCAGGAGGCGCCUGGUCAGCGAGGGUGGACGAGGAAGGCGUGAGGCUCGUGCUCUUGUCUGCGUGCGAUACCUUGAAAUGGCAGCUUCAAGAGUUUGAGCGCGCUGUGCACCGCGAUGCCGCUUCCUCCACCGCGUCUCUCCGCCGCCCGGAGCGUGCGAGCGGGGGGCGACCCCAGGAGGCGCAGGCGCGGAGGCAGCAGUUCAUAUCCGCCAUCCGCGCGCAGCUCGCGCAGUGGUUGAACGCGGGUACUAACACCCCACCAUCUGCUGCCUCAGUCGCAGGCAGAUGGAUGCAAGGCAGUCGAGUGGGUGGGGAGGGUCAAGAAGAGGAAGAGGAGGAUGACGGUGGCAUAGCAUGUGUGGGGAAAAGGUGUGUUGACUACUUGUCUGAGAGCGAGGGGGAGCGGGACGAUCACCAGCAGCUGCUCUCCCCAACCGCGCACCACCCCCUAUUGCCUCCCCCCGCCGCAUUACCCCGCCCUCCCCCACGCGGGGCCGUUCAAUGGGUGGCGUUUCUGCUGCAGCAGUUCCAACAAGGGGUGGAGCGGGGCAGAGAGCAGAGCCAGGAGCAGGGGCGAGGGGAGAAGCACGUGUGCUGCCAGGCCUGUGGGAGGCACCACUGCGGCAGUGCUGGUGGGGUGGGGGGCAGUAGCGGCAAGUGCGCUGAGAGUGACAGUGAUGGCGGGGGAGUGGCAGGAGCAGGGGAAGGUAGAGUAGGGGGAGGAGGUGCAGGAGGAGGGGGGGUAUUAGCAGCAGGUCCGGAGUUGAAGCUAGGGAGCUUGUCAUGUCUCACUGUUGCUGACCUGGAACUGGGCCUUGCUCAUUUCAAUGCCUGCAACACCACCAACAACAGCAACAGCAGUAGUCGCUUCCGUCGCUUCCACUCCUUCUGGCCCGUAGCCUCCUCGCCGGCCCCUCCUCCCAUGACCGAGGAAGACGACGAAGAAGCCCACCGCCGUGUGGUCGGGUGGCAGCUAUCAGUCAAGCGCCGCCGUCCGUUACUGGGCGGCAGUAGCAACGCAAGCUGCAGCUCUGGUGUUACUGGCAGCAGUGCUGGUGGUGGUGCUGGUGGUGGCACUUGUAGCAGCAACGGUAAUUCUGGGAGUUCAUUGGGCAGUGGCGCUGGUGAUGUGGGCUUGACAGCGCUACAGGUGGUGGCUGUGGUUCCGUACGUUCGAGAAUCUUCUGCUUCAGCGGGGAAAGAGAUGCCGGCUGCGGGGGAAGAGAGGGGUGUUGGGGAAAUUUGGAGGGAAGCAGCUGCUGGAGAGAUAGAUAGGGGGGGAGGUGGCGGAGCCAGAGGGGGGGAGGGCUGGGUACAGGAGGCGGGAGUGAUGGCGGAAGGACGAGCGGCAGGUGUGGAUGAGGGGGCUGGAAAUGAGAGGAGGGAAGGAGGCGAGGAGGGGAGGGCAGCAGGUAAUCCGGAUGCAGCACAGACUGCAGAGCAGUGCACUCGAACUGGUGACGUCACUCGAGUUGGCAACUGUGCCCGACCAGAGGGAACGGCAAGGGAUACAGAGGAAGCGAAGCCAGCAGAACCGUACGUUCGUGUGACAGGAGCAGAAGAAGAAGCAGCAGAAGAAGCAGGGGUGUUGGGUCCCAGGCACAGAUUCACUGCAAGGCCCUUUGAAUCUGGCUUGCGUGCUAGAGGGUUUCAGGGUUGGAAGAGUCGCAGCCGAGGCUUGGGCUUUGUGCGGUGCGGCAAGGCGGUGGGGAGCGCACAAGAGAGAAUUAUAACAGACGGGAUAGUAACGGGGAUGAUCAGCCAAGCCAAGCCAGCAGGAGCGGGUGGUGGUAGGCAUAGGAAAGGGGCGGAUGCAGCGGGAAGGGGAAAGCAGAACGGCGGAUGGGGUGCUUGCAAGGCUGGUGACUGCACUACUGACGCCUCUGGGAGUGCUGGUGAGGGCAAUUUGCCUUGUUGCUCAAGUCAGAAGGAGCGUGCAGAUUGUGAUGACAGUUGUCCGGGGGAUGAGACAUUUCAGGGAGGUGCCGCGUGCCACAAAGAUGACACCAGGUGUUUCAAAGACGACACGUGCCUCACAAGAGACGACAGUGGAUGCGAACUAGACGACACAUGGUCCGGCAGGAGGCAGGGCCGUGGGAGGCUUGGUGCUGACGUGGCGGUGAGUGAGUCAGCAGCGGAUCAGCUGUGGGCGGCAGUGGAGGAGCUUUUGGAGUGCCCCGUCUGCUGCAUGGAGCUGUCGGCUCCCAUCUACCAGUGUCACAGGGGCCAUGUGAUCCGCUCCUCCUGCAUCAGCCACCUGGCGCAUCAUUCCUAUUGCCAUGCAGGGGAAAAGGCUGCAGCAGACUGGAAAACUGGGACAGCAGCAGGCUUGGUCACAGGCGCAGCAGCAGCGGCACCACUGGCUGCUGCGUCACUAGGAGGGGCUGUUAUCGCUGACAACGUGGGAGACAAUGUGGGUGACAUUGCUGGCAUGGGUUCUGACCUGUUCGGCUCUUUUGCCGAGUCGACCUGCGCGGCCCUUGUGAUCUCGGCCCUGUCUCAGCCUGGGAAGGACCAUGAUUUCUCCGCCAUGUGCUUCCCUCUUCUGGUCAGCGGUGCCGGUAUUCUCGUGUGCCUGAUCACCACCAUCAUCGCCACGGAUAUUCAGCAAGUGAAGGAGAAGGCUGAGAUUGAGCCGGCAUUGAAGAAGCAGCUGGUCAUCUCCACUGUGCUGAUGACUCCUGUGAUCUUCCUCGUUGCGUUCUACGCUCUUCCGCCUACCUUCAAGAUCACAGUUGUCGGACAGGGCGACAAGGUUGUUCAGAACUGGUACGCAUUCGCGUGCGUCGCAUCGGGACUUUGGGCUGGGCUCCUUAUCGGUUUCGUCACCGAGUACUUCACGAGCAAUGCUUAUGUGCCUGUUCAAGACGUUGCUGACUCUUGCCGUACUGGUGCGGCAACCAACAUCAUCUUUGGCCUUGCCCUUGGCUACAAGUCGGUUAUUAUUCCGGUGUUCGCUAUUGCUGCUGCGAUCUACGUGAGCUUCCAGUUCGCUGGCAUGUACGGCAUUGCCCUGGCUGCUCUUGGCAUGCUGAGCACUCUUGCAACUGGUCUGGCCAUUGAUGCGUAUGGGCCAAUCAGUGACAAUGCUGGUGGCAUUGCUGAGAUGGCGGGUAUGGGUGAGGAGAUCCGUGAGCGCACCGAUGCUCUGGAUGCUGCUGGAAACACCACUGCUGCUAUUGGCAAGGGCUUUGCCAUUGGUUCUGCUGCACUCGUGUCCCUUGCUCUGUUUGGAGCUUAUGUCAGCCGGGCCAAGGUUAACGUGGUCAAUGUUACUGAGCCCCAGGCCUUCGUCGGGCUCCUUGUUGGUGCUAUGCUGCCCUACUGGUUCUCUGCCAUGACCAUGAAGAGUGUGGGCAAGGCUGCUCUUGCAAUGGUGGAGGAGGUCCGUCGCCAGUUCAACACGAUGCCCGGCCUGAUGGAGGGAACCACGAAGCCAGACUACAAGAAGUGCGUGGAGAUCUCAACUGCUGCCUCUCUGCGUGAGAUGAUUCCCCCUGGCGCGCUUGUGAUGCUCAGCCCUGUGAUUGCGGGAACCCUGUUUGGAACCACCACCCUGGCUGGCAUGCUGGCGGGUGCGCUGGUGUCUGGCGUCCAGAUUGCCAUUUCUGCGUCCAACACUGGUGGUGCGUGGGACAAUGCCAAGAAGUACAUUGAGGCUGGAAACUCUGCUCAUGCCAAGAGCCUUGGUCCCAAGGGCUCUGAUCCCCACAAGGCUGCAGUUAUUGGCGACACUGUUGGUGAUCCGCUGAAGGACACAUCAGGCCCGUCCCUGAACAUUCUGAUCAAGCUGAUGGCUGUGGAGUCGCUGGUGUUUGCUCCCUUCUUUGCCACCCAUGGCGGCAUCAUCUGGGGUGGCAAGUAG